AAAUUAUAGUACAUAUAACAUGAAUGAACAUUUGGGGAAAAAUGAGAAACAAUUGCCUUUCAAAAAACGCAGGUGUUGCGAAAAGUCAUCUGAUGCCCCACACUUUAAAAGGAGAUUCAUUGAUGUGAACAAUAAUAAAUCAAAUGACACAGUUGAACAAAGAGAAGAAAAGCUAGUUAAGAGUCUUGAAGCAAAAAUAGUAGAAAGACUGCCAAGGCAGCUCAAUCUUUUUGAUAGAGGGAACUAUAACUCAGAAGAUUUAACACUACUUGCUCUAGAGGAGAAAGAACUCCGGCUGCCAUUGAUUAAGCAAGAAAAUCUUGAGAUGCUGAAAGACUUUGAGGUGGAAAAACUGAUCAGAUCUCUGUGCGAGAAAUUCGAAUUCAGCUUAAUGACUUGGCAGUGCACCAUCAGCUGCCUCCUGCGCUUCACUGAACUGGAGCCCAGUCUGGGCAAGUUCGGCGUCUUGAAGGUUGCUUGCCGGACGCUUAUAUUUUUUGUUAAAAUAAACGAAGCAGACGAGACCAUUCCCACAAACGUUAUGGUUGUUGAGCAUGUGCGGCAGCAGGAGCCUUCCUUCCCAUGGGAGUUUGUUAACCUCUUCGAUGGAUUGAUUCUGUUGGACUCAAAGAGUCUAGUUACACCUGCCGAGUUCCUGAGCUGUUACUUGAGCGUCGCAGCCGCGGUAGAUUUUGACCCUCGACCACGUACGGAACCCAGGCCGCGAACUCGUGCGUCCGUGGCAGCAGCGCAGUCAGGGACCUCGACUCGCCUAUGGCGUGCCGUGCGCUCGGUGGGCGAGGACAACUCGAAGGCGAAGGAUGACUUCCUGCGCAUGCGCGUGGAGGCAUUAAAUCUGAUGAAUCGAGUUGCUUCCGACUGGGCCCGCUACCCGCCGUCGAGUGUGGCCGCUGCUGCGGUGUUCGCCGCUCGCGUGCAGGUCCGCCUCCCGCUCAGCUGGCCGGCCGCCCUCCGCACCCUCACAGGCUACAGCUUCCAGGACGUCGGCGUGCUGGCCGCUGCUCUUGCAUUUUUGUCGACCGAAACUGCAGGUAAUUUGGGCUCCUCCGCUGCCGAGGCUCCGUCUGAUCCAUCCAUCCAAUGGCUGCCUCAACCUUCUUUCCGAGAAGUCCACUUGCUUACCCAAGAACCAAAGACGACAUCUGCAGCCACAAGCAUGAGUCCUUCGGCUCUCACAGAAACCAGUCUCCAAAAUCAUGAAGACCAUGUCCUUCCGUCAAACGUUCGGCCCCUUCAGCAUUCUCCGACGGCACAGACCCUAUUGAAAUAUCCAUCGUCUUUCUCUGCUCAGAGGAACGAAAGUUUUCUGGUCAUGAGAUCAACGGCUACUGAGCUGGAGUAUAGAGCCGAGCUUAGAUCAAAUACGGAAGAAUAUAAGUUUGUGCCUCAAAUACAAACCGAUUUCGCGAACUUUUCUCUUGCACAGAAGGGUUCACCUUCGUCGAACAUGGCAAUAAGAAACCUAACCAUUAUUGAUGGGCAAAAUAUUCACAGAAAAGAACACGGGUUCUUGCAAGAAAAUGAGAGCACUGUUUUGAACGUAACUAGUGACUCUAUUAACUUCCCUGUCACACCUACUGCUCUUGACGUUACUAGUGACGAUAUUGACGUUGCCACAAAUCUCUUAAACGUUUCCAAUCCCCUAAACGUUCCCAGUUUGCUGAUAAACGUUGCCAAUCCUAUAAACGUCCCUUAUUUCCUCUCGCCUAUAAUGGUGCCAAUUUCUGAACCGAUAUCUUCUAUUCAACCCGCCCUGAGAAUUUCGUCUCAACCCGUCCUCCACGGUCCUGAUAUAUCAAAAAAUAACUCAUACUUCCUUUAUUCUCGCACUGCAUGUAAAUCAUCCUUGCCGACGUGGCUAAUAGAACGCAAUUUUUCUGUACUGAACGACUGGAAUAAUUUCGUCAGUCGAGUGAAUCCGGGACUUGUUUACCAGAACUUGCUAGAGAACUUAAUAGUCGCCAUGCCCUGUGUCUAUACUGAACCUUUUCAGGUGAUCGCGUCCGAUUCAUACCCCGCGUCCGAUUCAUACCCCGCGUCCGAUUCAUACACCGCGUCCGAUUCAUACCCCGCGUCCGAUUCAUACCCCGCGUCCGAUUCAUUCCCUGUGACUAGUUACGCGCAAUUUUGACGUUGCAUCGUUCUAAUUUCGCUCACAAUGCUUUUCAUUUUGUGUUCCGAAGUAAAGUUAAAUAUUUUGUAUCCAAAUACGUCAUCACUUGGAUUAGUCGGCGACAUUUUGUGUCUCCUGCGUAAGUUUAAUAUAACUUCCCUGUCCGCAUUCCGGCGUAUCUUGUAAAUUAGAUCUCAUGUUGUGAUAUUAUUGUGGCUUGCAUAGUCUAAGGCAUGUAUUCCUUGGCAAUAAGUUGGUGCUUAUGACGUUCCAUCUUUAUUAUAUAUCAUAAUUGUGUUUUUCAAAAAAUGUUUGAUGUAACAGUUUAUGUGAAAGCAUGAUUUUCUCAAUAUUGUAUCGUUUGACCACGCUUGUUAGCUGCUUUAGGUAUAGGAAUGCUGUGACAAUUAUGGCAAUUUUCACUUUUUCUUAAGAAUUUCUCAUCAUUUAAUUGAUCAGCAUUGUUUGGUUGCAUGAGAAUUUUCUGACAUUCAUUUCUGUCGCGAUACAGCAAAUUGUUGCACUGCUACGCUGAGAUCAUCACUCUUUAUUAUUUGCAGUCAAAUUGUAUUUUCUAUUCCUAAAAAAAUUUCAACUUCAUUGAAGUGAUCAGCUAGAUUUGUUGGAUUUAUUUCCAUUCCAUAGAAUAUUGAGGCUCGUCGUUGUCACAUUCUUCGUGGGAGUUACUAUAGAGAACUUUGAAACAUAGUCGCUGUUCUCAGACGUUGUAUAGAAGCUGUGAACCUGCUAUAAGUCGCGCUUACACUAGAUAGUAAACCCCUAGUUGAUAUGUUCAGAUGUUGAAUUGAGGCUGUGAACCUGCUAUAAGUCGC